AUGGUUGCUGCACCGGCAGCCGGCACCUACUGGCUUGCAGACAUCGAGCGUCUCGGUGCACCGGCUUACGGUGAUGCAGGCUACCAAGUAUUCCGCAAUGUCAAGGACUUUGGUGCUGCGGGUGAUGGCGCUCAGGAUGACACUGAGGCCAUAAAUGCCGCCAUUACUCUCGGCAACCGCUGUGGCCAGGGCUGUGACUCGAGCACAGUGACUCCGGCCCUCGUCUACUUCCCGCCCGGUACCUAUCGCGUGACGCGGCCAAUCAUUCCCUACUACUACACGCAGCUCAUCGGAGACGCUGUCAACCGGCCCAUCCUCAAGGCCGAUGCUGCCUUUGAGGGAAUUGCCGUCAUCGAUGCCAACCCGUACGACAACCAGGGCAACAACUGGUUCACCAACCAAAACAACUUCUUCAGACAGGUGCGAAACUUUGUCAUUGAUGUCACUGCGCAGCCCCUCGACCGCGGAACUGGAAUUCACUGGCAGGUCGCCCAAGCCACCUCGCUUCAGAACAUCGAGUUCAACAUGCGCGAAGAUCGGUCCGAGGCCAACGCGCAGCAGGGUAUCUUCAUGGAGAACGGCUCAGGCGGCUUUAUGACUGAUCUCGUCUUCAACGGCGGUAAGUAUGGCGCCUUUAUCGGCAACCAGCAGUUCACCACGCGCAACUUCAAGUUCAACAACUGCAACACCGCCAUCUUCAUGAACUGGAACUGGGCCUGGUCGUUCCACAACCUUGAGAUUAACAACUGUGGUAUCGGUAUCGAUAUGGCCAAUGGUGGUGCUAGCCAGACCGUCGGCUCCGUCUUGGUGCUCGACAGCAAGUUCAGCAACACUCCUAUUGGCGUCAGCACGGUGUAUACGCCCCAGUCUCCCCACACCAACGGCACUCUGAUUCUUGAGAACGUUGACUUGACCGAGAACGUCCCCGUCGCCGUGAGCAACCAAGGUACCGGCGCCACUAUCCUUGCUGGCAAUGCCAACAUUGCCUCGUGGAUCCAGGGCCGUGUUUAUAACGGCGCUGAUGGCGGCAACGCCGUUCAGGCUGACCAAACGCCGAUUACCAAGCCCGCCGCUCUCCUCGACAGCGCCGGCAAGGUGGCGACCCGCAGCAAGCCUCAGUUUGAGGACGUUCCUGUCUCCCAGUUCGUCAGCGUCAAGAAGAAUGGCGCGGUCGGCGAUGGUGUCACCGAUGACAGCGACGCGAUCCAGGCUAUUUUCGACGCGGCUCAGCCCGGCCAGAUUGUCUAUUUCGACCAUGGUGCCUACGUCGUGACCAAGACCAUCAAGGUUCCCAAGAACAUCAAGAUCACUGGCGAGAUUUGGCCUCUGAUCAUGGCUGGCGGAGAUUCUUUCUUCAAGGACCAGAACAACCCUCGGCCUGUCUUCCAAGUCGGAGAGCCGGGUGAUGUGGGCGAGGUUGAAAUUACUGAGCUCAUGUUUGAGACCAAGGGACCCCAGCCUGGCGCCAUCCUGAUGCAGUGGAACGUUGCGGGCACCACUCCUGGCGCUGCGGGCCUCUGGGACGUGCACUUCCGUAUUGGCGGAUCGGCGGGUACCGAACUCCAGUCGGACAAGUGCUCCAAAACCCCGGAAGUUGCUACCCAGCCCAACCCCGAGUGCUUUGGCGCGUUUAUGAUUCUCCACGUCACCCCCGAAGGCUCGGGUUACUUUGAGAACACGUGGUUCUGGGUGGCCGAUCACGAGCUCGAUCUCAGCGGCCAUAAUCAAAUCAACAUUUACAACGGUCGCGGUGUCCUCAUCGAGUCGUCCAAGGGCAACUGGCUCUGGGGUACCGCUUCGGAGCACAGCGUCCUCUAUAACUACCAGCUCACCAACGCCAAGAACGUGUACAUGUCUUUGAUCCAGACCGAGACGGCCUACUUCCAGGGCAACCCCGAUGCCAAGGUUCCCUACACGGUCAACCCUACCUUCUUCGACCCCGACUUUGACGUGAUUUGCGCCGCGCAAGAGGGACCAUGCGCCAGGACCUUGGGCGUCCGAAUUGUGGACUCGUCGGAUGUCUUCUUUUACGGCACUGGCAUGUACAGCUUCUUUGAGAACUACACGCAGGAAUGCGUGGCUGCGCAGAACUGCCAGACGCAUAUGCUUUCCAUUGAGAAUAGCCAGGCGCACUUCUUUGGCCUAAGCACCAAGGCUGCUAUCAACAUGGUGCACCUUAAUGGGCAGAGCGCGGCCCUCGACAGCGAUAACAGGAACAACUUCUGCGCUACCAUCGCGGGGUUCCACGCAACAUGA